AAACGGUAGACGGACGUACAAACCUCGGCAAGCCAGACCGGCGUACGGGUGGGAUGCAUGUCAGGUCGCUGUGCUGGUAGUAUUGUAGUAGUGGUGGCGGGACGACAGUGUAGUUUGAUACAUAACAUACCAAACCAGUGCGUGUUUGACCACGGUGUUCGCUGGAAGCAUAGCCUUUGCUUCUGUCCACUUGUUGGUUGGGCUAUGAUCUUUAACCAACAACUGCUUGCUCAUUAUUAAUCGUAACUUACAAUGGUCUUCUGCUUAUUAUUCGUAUAUUACCGCGAAUUUGUUGAUUACCUAUAACUGGUAUUUUAUUUAUAAUUUUCGAAGGAAAUAUUAUUUCACGUGAUUUAACAGUUCCAGGAUUUAAAUUCGUUGGUGAUUUUUGAAGGUCUAUACCAUCAUUAAAUCAGUAUUACGAAUUAAAUGAAUUUGAGGUGUUAAAAUCUCUGAAAGGUUCAUACCGUAUUUGUGUAUGGUUUUUGUGAUGUUUGACAGUUUUUAACUGAUUUAUUUUGCUGUUUCGUCUUCUUCUCAAUACUCCGUAAUUCUCGCCUUGUAGUACAACGUGUGAGUUGUUCCUGGUCGUUAUGGUUGGCCUGUACUUGAGUGACAUGUGUGCUGGUGACAUGGAUGGUCUGCUACCGACAAGUGGCUAAAGAUAAGACUGUUUUUACUUUAUUGUUCUUGUGUUCACGAGUUGUAUGUGUGGUGUACUCUUUCUCUUUGGUUUAUGCUGAAAUGACAAAAUUAUUUGCUGUUUGACGUACGGUGAAAUUGGCUUACAGUCCGAACAAAUGACGAUAAAUGUCGUAUUUGUCGUGAAGAACUACAUGGAUUUUAUUUCGAACACUGUAUGUGUUGGCUCAUGAAACGCGUGUGACAAGUACAAGAAAGUGUGUGUAGGAAUAUAAUUUUCCUAAUUAGACAUUGGGGUGUUUGUCUCGUCCCCACUUAAGAAAAAGGAGUAAGUGGGAGGGGUCAGUGUACGAAGAUUUUUUGACAAGUAGGCCGUGAGUCAAAUCAGUCUCUUGAGGAAGGAAACUGUCCAGUAUGAACUCAUACUUCGAGCAAAGUGGGUUUUACGGGAGCCAUCAUCACCAAGCCGCGAGUUCUGCAGCAGCCCCAGGUCAUCACCAUGACCAAACAGCGGCUGCUGCAGCAGCGUAUCGCUUUCCGCUAGGGCUGGGCAUGUCCCCAUACGCGUCAUCUCAACACCAUCACCAUCACUCCCUUCAUCAGGCGAGACCACCACAGGAUUCACCAUACGAUGCUUCAGUGGCCGCUGCUGCCUGUAAGCUGUACUCCUCAGCGGCCGAUUCAGUCAGUCAGCAGUCCAAUGCAGGAGUCGCAAACUACAGUACAACCACGAAACCAGACUGUUCGAAGACAGGGACAACGCCGAACGAGCAGAGCCACCAGAAUGGUUACGCUGCAGUCGUUGCAGCAGCUGCAAAAGAUGUCUGGCAAAGCGCUGCGGGCGGAGGAGGAGCUAAUAACGCUGGUGGCAACAGUCUUGUGGGUCCUGUGGUGAGACCAGCGGCAUGUACACCUGACACACGUGUAGGAGGGUAUGGUUCGUCCGUUGGACUUGUUGGUGGCGAUCCGGCUUCUAGUCCGGGUGCAGGUGGAGGCAGAACUUCAGCAUGGUCUCUAGGGUCUUCGAAUGCAUGUUCACUCAACAGUUCGGCCGCUCAACCCACAGUGGCGACUCAACUACACCAGCAGCCCUCCAACCACACAUUCUACCCAUGGAUGGCCAUAGCAGGAGCCAAUGGUCUGCGCCGGAGAGGUCGUCAGACGUACACUCGUUACCAGACACUGGAGUUGGAAAAGGAAUUUCACACAAAUCACUACCUCACGCGACGACGACGUAUCGAGAUGGCGCAUGCGUUAUGUCUCACGGAGCGACAGAUCAAAAUUUGGUUCCAAAAUCGACGGAUGAAACUCAAAAAGGAAAUUCAGGCGAUCAAGGAAUUAAACGAACAGGAGAAACAGGCGCAGGCGCAGAAAGCCGCGGUUGCUGCCGCGGCGGCAGUAGCAGCGCAGCAACAACAAGGUGGCGGCGAGCCGAACUAGGAGUCGGUGCACAACGCUACCUCUGGGGCGUCUGCAUCUCCAUGGACACAUCAUCCGUUGCAAGAUUAUCAAAGCCUAUCAGUCGCGUAUAACGUGAUUAUUAUCUGUUCCUCUUGGUACGUUUCCAAGAGUAAUAGUAAAGCCAAUAUAUACAUACAAGCCAUAACAUGAGUCGGCUUUAUCAUCUGCGUCGUGUUCGUCUUAACGGAGUAUAACAUUUUUCACAUUCUGCAAUCUCAAUUUCUACGUAGACUUUAAGAUGAACUCUAUACGACAUCGUGAUUUGCCUUAGUAUGUAAACAAAUACUGUCAGCCUGAACAUGAAACAAUAUAGAACUCCAAUCCCAUAUUUGAAUAAGGUAUCAUUUAUCACAUUUUUGAUACUUUAAUCUGCUUUAAAUACACUGUACUGCUGACUUGCUUGUUAUGAAUUGUUCACAAUGUUAUUUGAGUCAGGCGACUCUAUUUUAUUUAUAAUUUAUAUCAGUUGAUUGCAAAUAGCAAUGAAAGUAUAUAUGUGCAUAGGGAAAAGGUGCAUGGUUCUAAUGUAUAAUUAAAAGAAAACAUUUUAUGUUAUGUUAUGUCAUGAACGCUCAACGGAACUUUUCAAUUGUCUGUGUAUUGAGCGAAACUUGUGCAUCUAUGUGUUAGAAAAAUUCAGUUGAGUCAUUCGGAACGUGAAAACUUAUGAAAGUAGUAGGCCCAUUGUUCCAAAUGUAAUGUUACUAUUUCUUAGAAUGAGGACGUUUCGGGUAAGCCUAUUGCAUUGUCAUUAAUAUUCACACUGUAAAGAAGGUGACAAUUGAAUUGUUCUCAAGAAAUUAUAGUGCAACUGCAUAUUACUCAUGAUGAAGGUAUGGAUGCAUUCAGGUAGCCCUGUUCCAAAGUUUAAUUUUUAGACUAAUUGUAAACAGUUUUAUUAUUUAUAUCAUAAUUUAAAUAUUUGUUUAAUUGUGAGGUAAAUAAGUUAUAUAUUUACGCAGACAGAAGUUUGAUCCAUCCCACAAUAUUUAUUAUGGGAUACUUCCUGUAAACAAUGGUCAGUUAUGUAAAUGAGAUGAAUGAUAUUCGGUUAACGGAGGACAGGUAUUUGAAUUGGCCGGCUUUGCUGUCAGGUAGGACUAUGAUAACAGCUUAAUCGUACUACAUACAUCACUAUUAAAGCUACUUCAUACUUUUGCAUUUAUAUUUUUGAUGUUAUUUUCUGGGGAAUUAUUUCCUGAGAAGGUGAGCUGAGCGAUUAAUCGCGCCAGACUUCUUACGUUGUUGAUAAUAAGGUCAUAUAAUUUUGUGUAAUUAUGCGUAUUAUUUUUUCUUACAUCAAGUAUUUAAGUAUUCUUAUGUUCAGAAAAUCUUGAUGUGAUUCAAAAUUCCUGCAACUUGAAUACAUAAUUAGUUGUGUUAUACACAGAGAUGAUGUGUUAUUAGGACUGAAAUUGUGAAGCCCUAGGACAAGAUUUCUUAGCUACCACCUCAGAUUAUCGAAGGGUGGCAAAUCGCGUUUAUGAACUGGUUAUUAGCUUUGGACAUAGUAAAUUUCAACAAUUAUUUUGUGCCGAUGAAUACUUCUGUAGAAACAAUGAAAUAAAGGAGCAUAUAUAUAUAUAUAAAUAUAUAAUAGGCCUGUUCCUAGGGCUAAUUGUAAGCCUAGCAAUGGUCCACACUGAAUUAACAACUGCAUUACAAGAAUAAUCCUCACAGAUUUUAGGAACAUACUACACAAUCAUUUGUGAAACGAAUUCAACUCUUACCUUUACGUAAGGAUUUAUACAAUACAGAAGUCAGGGAAUGUUUAGUCUCUGUAGUAGACCGGUUGUCAUGUCUGGGGAAUGUUCAUGGUUUUUCUCAGUCCUUUCAGGGAAAUAACGAUAUAUUUUUGCUUCCAAUUAGGUUAUGACUGCUUUCUUCCAGUUCAUUAAUUAUCAAUCACUCAAUCAUCCGAUACAUACAAUUAAAAA